AUGAAUGAUCCAAAAAGCCCUGAAUAUGCAGUCGAGAAGGACCCGGGACUCCACUCCAGUGCAAGUACGCAAGAAUCUAGAACCGAUCCGACGUCGCCAACGCUGCCUGGCACGCCUCUGCAACAGGAAGAAGAGAAAGAAUCCAGCCCCAAAUCUAGCCCAAGGACCGUACAUGGCUGGAAAUGGGCUGCUGCAGUUAUGUCUCUCUAUAUUGGAGCACUAAUCUACGGGCUCGAUGGUACUAUAGCUGCAGACAUCCAAUCCGCUGUCAUCGAACAAUUUGACGAAGUCGAGAAACUCACGUGGAUUGGAACUGCUUUCCCUCUUGGCUCCCUGUGCGCUAUAUUACCUGGGGCGGCCUUGUAUACUAUCUGCAAUCUCAAGAUAAUGUUCAUCGGGAGCAUUGUACUUUUCGAAGCCGCUUCUGCGCUUUGUGGAGCAGCAUCUACCAUAGACGCUCUUAUCAUUGGCAGAGCAAUUGCCGGUGUCGGCGGGACUGGUAUCUUCCUUGGUAUCCUUAACUACAUCUCCCUCUGUACAACCGAACAAGAACGUGGUCGCUAUAUCUCGGGCAUUGGCGUAGUUUGGGGAUCGGGUGCUGUACUUGGCCCCGUGGUAGGAGGGGCGUUCGCUACGUCUUCUGCAACAUGGCGAUGGGCGUUCUACAUCAAUCUUGUCGUUGCCGGGAUCUGUGCACCGGUGUACAUCUUCUAUCUCCCCCCAGUCAAGCCGCAUGGCACUGCCGACUUACCCAUCCUCCAAAAGCUUAGAGCUCUCGACUGGACUGGUUUCAUCGGCGGCACCGGAGCGGCAGUGACACUCAUUAUGGUUUUGACCUUUGCAGGCUCAAGUUGGGGCUGGAACGACGGCCAUACAAUCGCAACAUUUGUCGUCUCCGGAGCGCUGUUCAUACUGGUUUUCCUCCAGCAGCACUUUUCCCUAUUCACAACUCCUGAAAUGCGCAUGUUUCCCCCGCGCCAUAUCCUCCUGAACAGCACACAGACGCUGCUGAACAUCAACACUGCCAUGGCUGCCACCAACCUCUACGUCCCUGUCUACUAUAUUCCCGUCUAUUUUGCCUUCACACAAGGCGAUUCACAAUUGAUGGCUGCUGUCCGCCUACUCCCAUUUAUCUGCUUUCUAGCGGUAUUGAACAUGGCCUCAGGUUCCCUUCUCCCCAGAGUCAAUUACUAUUGGGCAUUAUAUCUGAUCGGUGGAGUCCUCAUGACAAUUGGAAGUGCUACAAUGUUCACAGUCACACCCAACACCCCCAUAGAAAACGUCUAUGGUUAUAGCAUCAUACUCGGGGCUGGCACUGGGUUGGUCUUCAAUCUUGGCUUCACGAUUUCUGGUAUCACUAUCAUGGCGGAGACGGGCAAUGGUCUGGAUCUCCAACUGGUCAUCUCCAUGCAGAAUCUUUCUCAACUUGGGUUCCAGACGAUCAGCUUGCUCAUCGGAGGCCAGAUCUUUCAAAGCCUCUCGAUGAAAAACCUCACGCACGUGCUCAGCGGGUUAGGGCUCUCCCAGGCAGAAAUCAGGAGUGCCAUUGCAGGAACUCGUAGCGCCGUGUUCACGCGUCUGAGCCCUUCUCUCCAGGAAGAAGCAAUCAUGGCCAUCACAAAUGCCAUGAGCCGAGUUUAUAUUCUCAGCAUAGCGGCUAGCGCUAUCACAACCAUUUGUGCAAUGCUGAUGAAGAAGGAGAAGCUUUUCCCAACCACGGGAGAGAGGACGGUGAUUGCAGACGGAGCUUGA